GCACGCCAGCAGUCGAACCUAAACCACGGCCGUGCUACGUGUACCCUCGCCGCCGCGUUGUCCGCUCUUAUCACUCAUCCAAUCCUCCCUUAUCAGUGAACUCUUAUCUUAUCUCGCGCGCAUGGAUUUUCGCGUAGUGGUGUGUGAUUUUGGAAGUGACACUGUGUGAUGCCCCGCGAGAGCACGGCUUGCCGCGAGUGACGUCAUCGGUGAUGGCCCCAGGGCCAAAGCACAAGGAUAACCUCAACAGUGAAGUGCACGCGAUUCUUAAGGGUUCAUAGAAUGUGUAAGACAAUUUUUUGAAUUUCACAGUUCUUUCCACCUCUUUGUUUGUUGUUUUUUAUAUUUUUUAAAAUUUGUUUUUGCUGUUGGUUUUUUUUUAUUUUGGUCCGGGGGUAGUUUUGAUUGGUCGGGCUAGGGAGUGGACGGUGGUGGUAGUGAAGUGCGCGAGCGUUCGCGCAGAUUCGUGUAGACCUCGAUCGUCCCGUGUUCUAGGAGUGUUCGGAUGGUGAGCUCGUAGUCGAGACAGACAUCACAACGGCGAUCCAACCCGAAGGCGACCAGCCUCCUUAUGGUAGGCGCAGACCUGCAGCCGACGUACUGCAACCCACCGUUGCAAAUUCAUUCGGUCUGCAAUAUUUUCCUGAAGACCUUUCCGCGUCCACCGGAGAGUUGGAUCCUCUCGAAAUUCGGUUGAGGUCCUCCGGGGUCCAGGGGGUCCUCCCCCCCUCCAACCGCCUCCCGGCCAAUAACCACCCCAUUGUAAGAAACUCGUCUUGCUGUUCACUGCCCCUGCCGGUGACCCAGGCUCACAAUAUAGGUCGGAGCCCGGCGGUGAACAGUGCCAUGAUUGUAACUUGUGCUGGUUGUGAUAAGCCCAUUUUGGACAAAUUCCUAUGUCACGUUCUCGACCGACCGUGGCACGCUGUCUGCGUCCGCUGUUACAUCUGCGGCUGCACUCUCUCCGAAAAGUGUCUUUCCAGGGAGAAUAAACUCUUCUGCCGCAAUGACUUUUACAAGCGUUACGGCACGAAGUGCGGUGGUUGCGGUGAAGGGAUUCCUCCCAACGACUUAGUUAGAAAAGCUCGGGAAAAGGUGUUUCAUUUAAAUUGUUUUACGUGUAUGCACUGUCGGAAGCAGCUGUCUACCGGCGAGGAGCUUUAUGUUUUAGAAAAUAAUAGAUUUAUGUGUAAAGAAGACUACAUGUCGAGGCAAAACUCACAUGAAAACUCGUUGAAUUUUUCUGGAUCGGAAGAAGAAGACGACGACGAUACAAGUUCCUCAACGGUUGGCGGCAUGAUGAAACACCACCAUUCAUUGCACGGCCAGCUGCAUCCAGCAACGCCAGAAGCCAACAACAAUUCCUUAUCAGCCGGUGAUCUCCAGGGCCCUUUAGACCACGAUACGAAACAUGAGGACCUAGAAGAUCAAGGGUCGUUAGAUGGAGAUGCGGAAACGCGAGAUAGCCAAACAGAAAACAAGAGCCCCGAUGACGGAAAUUCGGGGUCGAAACGAAGGGGGCCUAGAACAACGAUAAAAGCGAAGCAAUUAGAUAUCCUGAAAACGGCCUUUGCUCAAACACCGAAACCGACCAGACAUAUCAGGGAACAAUUAGCUAAAGAAACUGGCCUUCCUAUGAGGGUUAUACAGGUCUGGUUCCAAAACAAAAGGAGUAAAGAAAGGCGACUGAAGCAGCUGACCGUCAUGGGAAGGGGCCCGUUUUACUCGGGGUCUCGAAGACUCAAGGGCUUUCCCAUGCCUUUGGGCUCCGGGGGCUUGGGAGAUGAGCCCCCUCCAGGUUUCUCAUAUUUCGCAUCUGGCGAUGGGAAAUUCGAUUUCGGAGGAUACGGUGGUCCAGGCUUUCAUCCGGAUUUCUUUCCGGGUCAUCCCCAUGGGCCGCCUGGCAACCCACCUCUACCUUUUAGUCCUCAAGGUGGUCCGAUGGACCCUAAUAAUAUGGGAGGUCCGAUUCCUAGCGAGUUCGGCGGUAUGACUCCAGAGCCGGCCCCUGGAUUUCUCCCCCAACAACCCCCCACGAGCGAGACGCAGAUGCUGUCCCAUCGAGCUAGUCCUGAAUUCAUUAACUCUCAUGGGGGCAAUGGUGCAUUUCCGGAUUCUCAACAGUUACAAAAUGAAGGCCUCGUUUGGUGAUAGUGACAGGGACUCCACUCCAAGUGCCAUACGCCGUUGUUCUCUUGAGGCCAGCGACAGGACUCCCAGUCCUCAUCAAGCAGUGUUGCCGUUUUUCGCGUGAAAUUUUGCCUAUUUUCACUGGUAAACAUCAAAAUUUUUGCAAAUCGGCAGCUCUGUUAUCAGGGUAUCUCGUGCCACAGCGCGUGCGCAGAGGUUGCGUUCAAAUUUUACCGCGCCACGUGAGCCGCACAGCCAAUGUCGGGCGACCGCUCUUGGUAUCAAUUUAUUAAUAUCGAGAUCGCUUGUGUGACACGGGCUUAUGUCUGUAGCUUAAUGUAUUAUUUUGUAUCAUUCUUUGUUAAGUUUGCAAUAUUUCCUGCAAAGGAGUGACUCUGCUGGAUGGUUUAUCCUAAUUUUUAUUCCUCUCAUCACUUACACCGAGCGAGAUUGGAAUACCUCUAAAGAGUUUCUCUUAAUUACCCACUCACAUUGCUCUGUCACCAAAGUUAUGUUGUCAAAAAAGCCCUUGCGUUUGUCGUUUUACAUCACUCAGCAAAAUUUCACUGGAUAAAAAUCUGUAUCUAUUUGAGUCGCAAAAUGAAGAAAUAAAGACAGAGAAAAUAUUCGUGUUGCUCAUAAGUCUCACUCUUCUCUCUUUUAAGAUCAAAUGAUGCAAAGAAAUUAAAGUACUCUUAGCUCAGAGUAUAGUUUGAAACCGUCUUUUCAAACGGCUUUGGUGUCAAACAAUUUGAUAAAAAAAUUUGACCGGUGGUCAUUGAGGGGAUUUAUGCCCACAUAAUUUUGUUUCUCUUAUCAUGACUUUUUAAUUUUAAAUUGACAAUGAAGUGAUAUGAUGGACGUGAGUACCAUGAUGUUUAUUAAGCCCUAAGAUCCAUGAUCAUAUCAAAGACACAGGUUCAAAGGCUCAUAAUCACUACAUUUCUGUUUAACAGAAUAAAUAUGCUAAAUAUAUUCAACUUUAUUCAGGAAUAGUUUUCGAAUUACGCAUGCUUUUAUGUGAGUUUCCAAGUUCCUUAAAUGUGUUGUUCCCAGAAAGACAACAGAAUAGAUCAAUCAGAGUUUGAAAGCAGGAAUAAGCAUGCAUAUUACACUCUAAAAUAUCUUUUCUCUUGUGAAGUUGCCUUUUUUUAAAAAGUCCACUCCGUCCAUCAAGCAAUUUGUUCCCAAGGAAAAGUUUUUUUUAAAAUAUUAGAUACUGAAAGUGGACAAGAGGUGAUAAAGACUGACUGCCCGAAAGCUAUUGUUUAGCAUGCACAUGGUAUUGCGUCCAUCAAGGAAUAAGAAAAUUCCAAAAUAAAUCUAAGAAUAAAGUAUGUACAGCAUUAAAAGUGUGUAAAUAAUGCAUAAGCGCCGUGUACAGCAUAAUUUCUCUGUGAAAGAGAGUCGCUCACGAACGGACACGAAAAAGUAUGAUAAUUGUAAAAAUGAUGUUGUUGAAAAUGUAAAGUAGCGUAAAAUUUGUGAAUAAUUUGAAUGUUCUGUAAUAAAUGCAAUUUGUAAAUGAAUCUUACAUUUAAAACAAAGCACAAAGUUCAACUCUAAGACUUUUGCAGUUUCUUUUUGUUCUCACUUAAAGUUUGUUCAAGAUUUGACACGGCCGAGCUGGAAUGUCUUGACUGAAAGUUAAGAUCGUGGAAGGUUAAAAGCCGAAAGCACUGGACUUCCCCGUGUGUGCUCAGAAAGAUAAAUAUUUACUAAAGUAUGCCCGUAAAGAAUAGUGUAAUGGAUAUUACGCACUCAAAAAAGAACCAAAUUUUGUUCAAUUCCAGAAUGCCAAUGAUUUUACCAAAGUACAGUCAAUUUCCCAUUUUUGUGGAGAUCGAUAACCGAAAAUAUUUCCUUUUAAUCCUUCUUUUACAAAAAAACCAAAUCCCAAUCAUAAUGAACUUCUUUGUAAUAAGUUAAGACGAGUUUCACCAAUCCUGAGUUCUUGCAAUGUGCUCUGGGGCACACUUAAUUUUUUUUGACCAUAGUUCUUUUAUGAAUAUAACAUCACAAUAUUAUAAAUCCCCGAAUAAUCCCAUAAGAUUAUGAAAGCAUGAAGCGAAAGUAUAUUGAUGAGAUCAUCUUGUUGUUUCUCUCUCUUCUGUUGUUUUUUUUUUAAUGAAAAAGAAUAAAGUAAAAGAAUUAUAGUCCAUGGCUUCUAUGCUAAUAGUUAUGCGAUAAUGUGUUUAGAGUUGGGAUGAAGCUGAAUUUGUAAAUAAAUAAAUAUCCAUAGAUUCGUAUUUUCAGGUACAAUAGCUAUGAUUUUUAUUCAUUUAUUUCAUUAUUUUUUAUAUUUUUUCCUCUCAAUGCAAUUUUUCUUACCUAUUGGGGCGCUGUAAUUUUAUUCACGUGAAUCGGUGAAUUUAUUUAUUUAUUAUUUUUUUGUACCUUGCCAAAUGUUUAUUUCAUUUGUAUUAUUUCUCCCUCCUCAAAAUUAUUUUAUGUGGUGUAGGUUGACUAUCAAAUCACGUAUAGUAAUCUUCAAGAUGUCUUAUUAUACAGUAAUUUAUUUUCGCAUUUUUUGUAAAAUAAAUUGUAGACUAUUGUAUUUGUUGAACAAAUAUCCGCUCCUGAUAUCAUGUUUCAUCAAGAAGACAAAUUUGGUACGAUAUUGAAAUCUUUGAUCCACGAAGAAUAAUUAAAAUUUGGCGUAAUUUGAUCUCUCAAAGCUCUUGAAGAGCAUAAAUGUAUAUGACCUAGGUCUAGUGAAAAAAGGCGACACUCUAAUACAACCUGAAGAGCCUGAGACAGAAAAAUAGCUUGGUUCGUUUAAUUGAAUUAAGAGUGUUUGAGAUUGAAGAGAGAUCAUUGUGCGUGUAAUUCUUUUAAUCAACUCCUCCGAUUCCAUUUGUUUAAACUAAUAUUUUAAAUUUGUUUGGCUACGCACUCUGGGUGGUUGUGCAACAAACAAAAAUAAGCGCAAUCUGUUAUGUUGUCCGAUGUGUGUACCUGGUGCUCUUGAGUUAGUUUCAUCAUGUGAUGACUUGUACAGGAAUUAAGAGAUUCAUCCAAUUUUGAAUGUUUCAAUUUUUGUUGCAUUAUGUAAUAAUAAAGAAUAAACAUAAAUAAAUGAUAAAA